UGGCUUGUGCAGGAUAAAGAUACACUACUUGCCCCUCUCCGGUCUAGACACAUCACAUCAUUAGCCAAGCCAGCUAACUAGCGGUUUAUUUUUUGACAAAAUGUCAACCACGACCGGCGGCGGAGAGUUUGGCAACCCUCUACGAAAGUUCAAGCUCGUCUUUCUGGGAGAACAGAGUGUUGGGAAGACCUCACUCAUCACCAGGUUUAUGUAUGACAGUUUCGACAACACUUAUCAGGCAACAAUUGGCAUUGACUUUUUGUCAAAAACCAUGUACCUAGAAGAUCGCACGGUCCGGCUCCAGCUCUGGGACACUGCCGGACAGGAGCGUUUUCGUAGCCUAAUUCCCAGCUACAUCCGUGAUUCUACCAUUGCUGUGGUUGUUUAUGACAUCACCAAUCUAAAUUCAUUCCAGCAAACCUCAAAGUGGAUUGAUGAUGUUAGAACAGAGAGAGGAAGUGAUGUCAUUAUCAUGCUUGUGGGGAACAAAACAGACUUGGCGGAUAAAAGACAGAUCACCACGGAGGAGGGCGAGCAGAGAGCUAAGGAACUGAAUGUCAUGUUCAUUGAAACCAGCGCAAAGACUGGCUACAAUGUCAAACAGCUGUUCCGCCGUGUUGCUGCUGCAUUGCCAGGGAUGGACAGCACACCAGAGAAAAGCAAAGAGGACAUGAUCGACAUCAAACUGGAGAAACAGCCAGAGAUGACUGUCACCGAGAGCAGCUGCUCAUGCUAGUACACCUCACCCACCCCACCACGCCACCCAGCCUGUCUCCUCCCCACCAACAGCUUGUCUCUCAGUGGCCACUCUCUCCACCCCUUGGCGCACUGCCAUUGGGAUGGGGGAACCUGUAGUUUGUUUUCUUUGUUUUUUUUCCCUUUUCAACUCAGUGACUUUUCAGAGUAACCGUGUGGUAUGUGCAUUACUGUAUUGAAACAGAUUAUCUGGGGAAAAAAUGGUUCAACAGUAAACAUUUAAAACAAGGAAUAAGUUAAAUGAUAUGUUGAGAUUUUCAUCCAGUUGCAUGGCGUUAUAUAGGAUUGCCGACUGACAUAGCUAACUGCUCAUGAGUUAUUGCACAGUUCAGAUUCUUAGUGCUGUUACUCUUGUCAUUGUUGUAAAGUGAAACUGCUUGGGAUUAUUUAAAUGACUCUGCAAGGUCAACUUAUCAGCCAACUGUAUGUAACUUUUUAUUUCAUUAUUAUCUGAGAUACUAUUGUGUGUCUCAGAUCAUUCUUGGACUUGGUCUUAAUUUGAGGAAGAAGAGACAGGAUCUUACCAGUGAAAAAUUACAUAAUUGCCAGCAAUCAUAUUACCACAUUUGACUCGUAUGAACCCUUUUUAUUGAAGAGGGUCAAUCCAUUCAUUAGGUAUAAUUUAUAUCUAACACAUCUGCAGGCUUUAACUGCCUAAUACAGCAUAUUGGUAAACCAAAUUCAUAAAAUUUGGACCUCCUGUAAAACAUUGCUGCAAAAGGGAUGUGUAACCAAGUAAUGAUAUCUAGUUUCAUUCCAAAGGGAAGCCAUCCCAAGUUCAUUAGAAUGGCUACUAACAAGAAACCAUGUCUGCAUUAAAACUAUCGCAAUUGUCUUUCCGAUGUUAAAUUAGCUGCACGCAUACUAACACGUCUGAGGAGGAGUUUUCAGUUAUUAGAUGCCCCCCGCCCCUGCCCCAUGUAUGAAAUAAGAAGAGCCAGUGUUUAAUUUUUCCAUGCCGAUGGAAAGUCGCCACUUUGGUCGCUAUGACGUACCCACCAUCUCAUCGAUAAUUUGUGUUGUGUUGAUUACACUAUUGCGAAAACAUGCAGCAUGCUCACCAUGCAGGAUUUAUAUGGAUAAGAACACAGAUGCCUUGCUUGUUUGUUCACCAACGUUGUGCACUGAAUCAAGCCACAAUAUUGUAAAAUAUGAAAGAAGCCUGCUGACUGGUUCAUGGCUUCACUCGUCGUUUUGUAGAGCUGGUAGAUAAAGAGUUUGUCCUCAGAUACAGCUAACGCUUACUAACACCCUUGCUGUAAAAAGUGCAGAGAAGUUAGCUGCAGUAUCCUUUUUGCUGUAUUGCUAUUGCCUGUGUAGGACUGUUGGUUUUAUGUGUUUAUUUAUUUUGUAACUUGGACAUACAGAUAACAUUGUACGCUUUACCAAAAGUACAGUUGCUGACACGCAUGUUGAAAGUUUAUUUUAUUUAUUGUUUGCGUGUCUGCUGGGACUCCACCUAAAGGCGACAUUGAGGCCUGGUAACGUUUUUUUUUCCUGUCACGCUGCAAGAAAUGACUUUUCUUUUUUUUUUUUCCUUUUUUUGCAGCGUGUGUAGUCAGUAGCUUGGUUUACAGUCGCAGGUAAAGGCUGCACCGUCUCCAGACACACACACAGUGUAACACAACUAACUAGCCAUAGCACAACAAAAGACACUGGUCAUUUGCUGUAGCUUGUUUUGAAAAUGGAUUUCAAAAUUUAAGUAUUUAAUUACAUCAAACAACCAUUUUAACAUGAGCAGCUCUUCUAUUACUUGUCACUGACUAAAUACUCAGCUUUGUGCUAUUCUGAAUUGUGUCUGUCCAUUUGAAAUAUGCUGUCUACUCGUGUUUAGCAACGUUUGUGUGAAUAAUGUACUAUUACUAUCUGAUGUAUAAAAAGGAGAGUUAAUGAAACACAAGUGUAGGCCUAUCACGUGGAAUAAAAUAAAAAUAUUUCACCAA